AUGGAUGAAGAGCUGAGAGCUCCAUUUAGAUGUUUGGAAUCUUCUUAUAUGCAGAAGAAGGCAUAUACUUCACUUGGUCUAGUCGAACCAGUACAAAGGGAAUUGGGACAAACUUUAAAGAGAAGGGGCAAGCGUUUCAAACUAUGCAGUGAAUAUGCUUAUGACAUACCUUUAGAAAAGUCAUUACAACAGUUACUGUCAAAUUCAAGUAUAUUUGAUCAAGUUAUGAGUGGUCAUUGCCAAAAUGACAACCUUUUUGAAGAUUACUGUGAUGGUAGCAUUUUCAAAAAUCACCUACUUUUUUCUGUCAAUCCAACAGCUUUACAAGUGAUGCUCUAUUAUGAUGAUCUCGAAAUCUGUAACCCAAUUGGUUCUCGAGCAAAGAAACACAAAAUUGGAGUUUUUUAUUAUAUUUUGGGAAACAUACCACCAAAAUGGAGAUCAUCACUUAAAGUUAUACAGCUUGUUACAAUUGUACGCCAUUCAUUAAUUCAUGAGUAUGGGAUUGACAAAAUACUUCAACCUUUUAUGGAAAGUAUCAAAAAGUUUGAAAAAGCAGAAGGGGUUGAUCUUAAUAUUAAUGGACAGCAGCAUAAUUUUCGUGGAACAAUUACAAUUGUUUGUGCUGAUAAUCUUGCUAGUUGGUCACUUGGUGGUUAUAAAGCUUUGGCAUCAGCUUUACGUAAAUGUAGAUUUUGCAUGGCCAUUGCUGAGGAUAUGUCAUCUAAAUUCCUUUCAGAGGAAUUUCAGCCACGGACACGUAUCACACAUGCAAAUCAUGUUACCCACCUCGCUGGACCAUUGCAUGACCACAUUGCUACGACGUAUGGCAUUGUCAGAGACUCAAUCCUCAAUCAAUCGCAAUUCUUUCAUGUGACUGAAGGUCUUGCACCUGACAUUAUGCAUGAUAUAUUGGAAGGUGCUUUACAAUAUGAGACUAAAGAAUUGCUGAUAUAUUUUUCCUUAUGGAUAUUGUGA